GAGCAGAUGCUGCAGCAAGCGCUCCUGCAGUCGCGGCUGGAAGCGCAGGGCCACGGCGGCGGCCAGCUCGGCGCGCCACCCUUCCCAGGCGCGCCGCUGCUGGGCGGGCAGCGCGGUGGCGCGGCACUGUACCCCGGCGGCUCGCCCUCCCGGCUCGGCGAGGUCGAGGAGCAGGAGGCGGUGCUGGCGCAGAUCCAGGCGCAGGCCGAGCAGGAGCAGCUGGCCCGGGCCGUGUCCGCCAGCCUCGGGCAGGGCCCGCCCGCCGCGGCCUCGCGCGCCGGGCGCCCCGCGCCCCUGGGCGAGGACGACGAGCUGCGGCGGGCGCUGGCCGUCUCGAAGCAGGAAGGGGCAAGUGUGCAGCAGGCCGCGGUAGACGAGCUGAGGGCGCCAGUGCAGGAGGAGGAGGCGCGCCAGCGCCGGCUGCUCCGGGAGCAGCAGGCGGCGGAGCUGGAGGAGAGCCUGCGCAUCGACCGCGAGCCGGCCCCGCCGCUGCCCUCGGCUGCACCCUCGGCCGCCGCUGCUGCCCCGGCUCCCGCGAGGCCGCUGCCUCCAGAGCCCGCUGCCUCCGAACCAGGGCGGCUGGAGGUCCUCGUGAGGCUCCCGGACGGGCGGCGCCUGCGCAGGGGCUUCCGCCAGCAGGACCUGAUCGGCGCCCUCUACGACUUCAUCGAGUGCGAGAGCGGAGGCGCGCUCGCGGUGGGCAGCUACCAGCUGGUCUCGACGAUGCCGCGCCGGGUGUUCUCGGACCGAGGGGUCACCCUGGCGGCGGCGGGCCUGGCGGGCAGCUGCGCCCUGCUGGUCGAGGCGACGGACGCGUGA